AUGUCGUUUCUCAAGGAGCUGACGGACAAGGGCGCGACCAUCGCCUGGAGCACCGUGGCCGCGCACCCGAGCCUCAUCGCGCUAGGCACCAAGGAUAGCGGCGGCGGGUCGGGCUUCGAGGACCACGGGGGGGAGCUGGAGCUGCACAAGCUCGACUUCUCCCAGGAAACGGACGCGGCGGGCGGCGGGGGCGGCGGUGCCGGCGCGGGGACGUUGCUCGGGAAGGUCAAGACCACCGCCCGCUUUGCCACCCUGGCGUGGUCGGAGAUGGCCACGAAGCAGGCGGAGUACCCCUACGGCCUGAUCGCCGGAGGCAUGGGAGACGGCACGGUCAACGUCUGGGACCCCGCCAAGCUCGUAGCGAGCCACCCACAGCCGCAGGUGGCAUCCGUAGCGCGGCAUUCCGGUCCCGUGACGGGCCUCAACUUCAACCCGCACAAGUCGUCGUCCCACCUCUUGGCCUCUGGCGGCGCGGACAGCGAGGUGUUCAUCAUGGCCCUCGAUCGCCCGGACGCCCCGACCGUCUUCGUGCCGGGGCCCAAGCCCAACACGGUGUCCCACAUCAUGGCGACGGCCGCCCAGAACGGGUCAUGCAUCGUUUGGGACCUCAAGCAGAAGAAGCCGUGGUGCGAGCUGAGGGACCCCAACCGGGCUCCGAUCACGGACGUUGCUUGGAACCCGGACCAAGGGCAGCAUCUCGUCACCGCCUCCGGGGACGACAAUAACCCGGUGCUCAAGCUGUGGGAUCUCCGGUCCUCGACAACCCUGCCGCUGGCCACACUUUCGGGGCACUCGGAGGGCGUUCUCUCCGUGGCGUGGUGCCCGUACGACGCGAGCCUGCUCAUGUCUUGCGCUAAGGACAACCGCACCCUCUUGUGGGACCUGUUCAGCCUCAAGCCUGUCUACGAACUCCCUCCCGGCGCGGGCGCGGAACUGCCGGCCGGAGGCGGCAGCAUCCUGGACGAUGAGUCGGAGGGGGCGGGGGGUGACGGCAUUCCCGCAGAGUCGGAGCUGGCGGACGCGAUGGCCGGGGUGGACUUGGACGAAACGAAGUUCAGCAAGCCUGGCGGCAGCAGCAGCGGCGGUUUGUUCUCCGGAGCACCACCUGGCGCUGUUGGAGGCGGCGCCGGGGGGGGGGGGGGGUCGAACGGCCAGCCCCUAACCAAAGAGGCGGAAGCGGUGAUCAAGAGGUCUCUGCUCGUGGGUAACUUCGAGGCGGCCGUGCAGUGCUGCAUGUCCACGGGGAACAUGGCGGACGCCAUGCUGUUGGCCAGCUGCGGGGGCGCGGAUCUGUGGGCCAAGACGCAAGCCCAGUACUUCGCGCGGGAGUCGCACCAGCGCCCCUUCCUCAAGGUGGUGAACGCCAUCAUCAAGUCCGAGCUGGGGGUCCUCGUGGAGGGGAGCGAUCUCGGGCAGUGGCAGGAGACCCUGGCCAUCCUGUCCACGUACGCCAAGCAGGAGGAGUUCCCUACUCUCUGCGAGGCCUUGGCGUCGCGACUGGAGACCGAGGCCGGGGACCGGAAGUCGGCUAACCUCUGCUACAUGUGCGCUGUGAAGGUGCCCAAGACGGUGGAGAUGUGGGCGGAGGAGCUCAAAUCGGCCAACGCAGCCAUCAACGGGGGCACGGACACGAAGGCCCUCCAGGAGUUCGUGGAGAAGGUUUCGGUCUUUACCCAGGAACCAAACGACCCUCCUGGAGAGGAGGUGUCGGCCAUCUUCGCUGAGUACGCGGGCAUCCUGGCCAGUGAGGGGGAGACGGAGACGGCCUUCAAGUACAUCAAGGGGCAGGGCCAGAACGGUGCCGUUCUUCAGGACAGGCUUUACCACUCGGCACCCCACGCGGCCGGUACCCCCGCCCCGCCUUUCCCCUUCGAGCGAGCGCGCGUCGGGGUUUCCCCCCAGAGCGUUGUCGGCGGCGGCAGCGGAGCGGGGGUGGCGGGAGGCGGGGCCAACGGCGCCGCGGCCGGCGGCGGUGGUGCCGGCUCUGCCCGCGCUCGGUCUGACCCGCGAGGAAGCACGGCGGCGGGCGGGGGCGGCGACGCUCUCCCUCCGGGCUGGACGCAGAUGAUGGACCCCUCGCGGAACAUGCCGUACUACUGCAACACGGCCACCGGCGAGACCCAGUGGGAGCGCCCCGCCCCGCCCCCGGCUGCCACCACCCGUGCCGUCCCUUCCCCGCACGCGCCGCGGAUGCCCCAGGGUGGGUUCGUCGGAGGAGGGGCCCCGGGCGGGGCGGGGGGUUACCCUGGAGGAGCGGGGUUCCCGGGUGACGCCGGCGGUAGCAACAGAAUGCGGCCGGGCGGUGGAGCGGGGGUAGGCCCCGGAGGGGCGCCUGGAGGCGCCGUGCACUCGCCGAUGAGGGGGAUGAGAGAAGGGAGCGGGGCCGGCGGGAUGAUGCCUUCGUCGUCUCCAUCCCCGCCGGGGGCGCCGCCGGCGGCGCCGACGUCGACCGCGUCGGCGGCUUCGUCGGUAGCGGCGGCAGCGCCGGCUCCGCCGCCGCCGUCCGACGCCGAGAGCCAGGCGGUGGUGUCGGCCCUGAACGGCAUGCUGGGCGCCCUGAGCGAGGCCCCGCUCAGCCCACCGGAGAAGAAGAUGCUUGGGGAUGUGACGAAGGCGGUGGGUAUUUUGUUCGGUAAGAUGGGACGCGGCCAGGUGGAGCAGGAGACGCUCGCAAAGGUUGGACAGCUCGUGGAGAGUCUCCAGGCGCGCGACAUCAAGAGGGCCGGCGCGGUUCAGCAGGGGCUGGCGAACUCGGCGUGGGCGAGCCACAAGGACUGGCUCAAGGGGCUCAAGUACCUCACCACCCUGGUGUCAAGGAGGCUUGUUUGA